AUGAAUCUCCUAAAAGUUCUGCUAUUAGCGACAGCUGCUGUUGCCAAGCAGCCAAACAUCUUGUUCGUCUUGACUGAUGACCAAGGAAAAUAUGUUGGCGGCUUAGAGCAUAUGCCCAAGCUGCAGGAAACACUCGUACAACAAGGGACAAGCUACUCCAACCAUUUUUGCUCCAUCGCACUAUGCUGUCCCUCCCGAGCGAACCUUUGGACAGGCCGCAUGCCACACAACACCAACGUUACAGAUGUUGGCCUCCCAUACGGUGGUUAUCCCAAGGUAGUUUCAGCUGGCUGGAAUGACAACUACCUUCCUCUCUGGAUGCAAGAUGCCGGAUAUAACACUUAUUACGUCGGAAAAAUGUGGAAUGCCCACACAGAGGACAACUACAACGAUCCCUAUGUUCGGGGUUUCAACGGCUCCGACUUCCUACUAGACCCAUACACAUAUCGCUACUGGUACGCACGAAUGACACGCAAUGGCGCCCCACCAGUAAAGUAUGACGGCAACUACUCGACAGAUGUGAUCGCAGAAAAGGCAUCCGGGUUCAUCGAUGAAGCCGUCAAACAAGAUCGGCCCUGGAUGCUUACCGUUGCGCCAAACGCGCCACACUCGAAUGGUUCGCAUGACUCAACGCGGAAUGCAAACUGGUUCGGCGAGCCGGAAUUUGCGCCCCGGCAUGCUGAUCUAUUUAAGGAUGUUAAGGCUCCGCGGGACGAGAGCUUCAACACCUUGAUUGAGAAUGCAGUGAGCUGGGUCCAGAAUGUGCCCGAGUUGAAUCAGACUCAUAUCGAUUAUAUCGAUGAGUUCCAGCGAUGUCGGCUGCGGGCCUUGCAGGCUGUUGAUGAGAUGGUUGGGGAUCUUGUUGAGAAGCUGGAUAAACUUGGGGAGCUGGAUAAUACCUAUAUCUUCUUCUCGACGGAUAAUGGAUAUCAUCUCGGUCAGCAUCGGAUGCAACCUGGCAAGAACUGUGGUUAUGAAACCGACAUCAAUGUGCCGCUUAUCGUCCGAGGGCCAGGCAUCGGCAAGAAUGUGACUCUGGAUGCAAUCACCAGUCACACUGAUUUGGCCCCGACCUUCCUCUCUUUGGCGGGGGCUACCAGAGAUGGAUUGGAUGGCAAGAAGAUCCCCACGACAAUCGCAGCCAGUACUGCCCACAACAGAUCCGAACAUGUGGCUAUCGAGUAUUGGGGACUGGCCGUUCCAGAAGGUAUCUACGGAUAUGCCAGUGACAAGCUCGAUCAGCCCCAUAACAGCUACCAGCGCAAUACCUACAAGGCCAUCAGACUCGUCUCCGACGACUACAGUCUCUACUAUGCAGUCUGGUGCACUAACGAGCAAGAAUUCUACGAUCUCAAGGGCGAUCCACACCAAACUAAGAACCUAGGUACUCAACCAGCCAAGCAGUCUUACAAAAUCGCCAACAGGGAGUUACCCCAGAUUAUAUCGCGCUUGAAUGCUUUGAUGCUAGUUUUGAAGUCUUGCAAUGGCGACGCAUGUCGAGACCCUUGGCUCCAACUGCACCCGGCAGGCAAGGUGAACAGUCUUGCGGAAGCGCUCGAUUCGGGCUUUGAUAAAUUCUAUGCGAAUCAACCCAAGGUAUCUUUCUCUUCUUGUGAGAAUGGAUACAUUCUUUCUGCGGAGGGGCCGCAGGAGUUCAAUGCGUAUGGGGCGCAGAGUCGAAGGGGGUGGUUAGAUGGGCUUUGGUGA